ACACCACCCAAAAACGCACGUCUCUGUGCAUGUAGUGCAAUGGAGGGAAGUAAUAGUGGCACCCACAUGUUCAGGCAACGGCUGGUUCUAGUAACGUCGAGGAGGGUUCGUUAGAUUGCUUCGAUUUUCUCCUCCCCCGCGGUGUGGCCAAGUGGAACCUCUGACUGCUGGCAACAUGUGCGCGACAAUCAUGGCAGCGUCCGGAGCAUCGUUCGUGCCGUUGCGAAAAAUGUCCGUACUGCGUCAGUUUGUCGUCGGUGUUCCGUGGCUUCGUCUUGCAAUGGCGCGCAAUUGACGGCCCAACAACCCGUGUCACCGCAGUAGUCUGCGUCUCCGCACGUCAAGACGCGGCACUCGGGCCAGCACUUGCAGAUGAUUCCGUAGCGGCGACACGCACAGCUCGUCCGUGCGCUUGAUAAGUUUUUCUCGUGGAUGGAAAGCGGUACCACCGCGCUAUCAUCCAGCAUGCCCAAACGUAAGUGUGCACCUUCGGAGACAUGGGGAUGCCCGCGGAGAAAGCCCAGCGCAGUACUGUCUGCCAACCUGCGCCUGGCAAAAAGCUUUUUCUCGGGUGCCAGUAUCAACUACCGGACUCGGUGCACGAGCAGCGAGGGCCGCCUGUGCGACAUCUUCGGAGACCUCUCCCUGUGGAACGAGUUCUUCUGGCAGGUGGGUCUCGAACUGAGGGAGCUUUCGCCGGGCCAGCUGUCUCUCGUCGAAAUGCACGGCGCGCACGUUCCCCUGGAGAUGCCCGAACAGAAGCACGAGGCGGCCACGCUCCUGCACCGGCUGCUCACGCUUCACCGCUGCGUCGUUUCGGUGGACCUCAACGGCUACAUAUUCAAGGGCCACCACCAGCUGAUAUGCGACGCGCUGCGCAAGAGCCCGAGCCUACGGAAGCUCAAGCUGUGUCUGCUGACCAUGAACACGUACGCGUCGCAGAGCUUCGCCGGCGCGCUGCCCCACCUGCACAACUUGCGAGAGCUCGAGUGCCGGCAGGUGCACUUUGACCGGACUUUCCUCGACGGCCUGUCGGAGUUCCUGGCCGGCACCGAGUCGCUGACGACGCUCACGAUGAGCCACCUGCACAUCGAGCGGGAGGACGCGAUCGUCAUCCUGCAGGGGCUCAAGAGAAACUCGACCAUCACGACGCUGUCGCUCAACACGUGCAUACUGAGCCCGGUCUCGUCCAGGUGCAGCGUGAUGUUCGCCGACUACCUGCGCGAGAACCAGACGUUGCGCACCCUGAGCGUGACGUCGCGCUACCUGAAGAACGUCAUCGAGCUGCGCCUGAUCAUCCGGGCGCUUUUCCACAACAGCACCCUCUCCGAGCUUAACCUGGUGCGUUUCUCUCUGGACAACGAGAACAUCCAGCUCAUCACCCGGCUGCUGAGUCAGAACCGGACCCUGAGGAGCUUCCACAUGGUCGGCUGCGUCUGGUACGAGCGCGCGCCUCAGUACGGGGCUGACGCGGGCAUGCACCACAUGGAAAACUUCGGCAGCGUGUCUAGCCGAAUCCGUCCGUGGCUUGUGGCCCUGACCGAGAACAAGACGCUCGACGAGCUAACCUUGGACCUGUCGUGCUUCAACCCCGACGAGUGCAGGUCCUUCUUCAGGGCGCUCGCGCUGAACGCGUCCCUGAAGAAGAUUACCGUCGAGCGACUUCGACGCAAGGACGUGGCGGAAAUAUGCCGCGCCCUGCGAGAAACUGGCAUGCGAGAGCGGUUCUUCCUCGGCAUACACCACGUGAUCCAGGACCCGGUCGCGACGCUCACGGAGUGCAAGGAGCUAUCAUGCAUCAGCGUCGACUCGACGAUCCUCCACGACUUCGAUCCACUGCAUACGACCCUGUGCCUGCUUCCGUCAUGCAAUCACGUGACGUCACUAUGCCUUAGGGUGAGCCAGGAACUGUUUAAUGGCAAAGUGAGCUCUCUGAUAGCGCAGUACAUCACAGGCACGACGGUGCUCAGGGAGCUGGAACUGACAUUCUUUUUCGACUCAGGCAACUGGAAUGCUGCUGACCGGCCCGAGCGGGCACUGGUGCAAGCUCUAUCUGUCAACAAGAGCAUACGUAGGCUGUUCAUCGGGGGCCUCUGCUUUGAUGAUACUGAGACUCAGAUGCUGGCAGACACACUGCAACACAGUCGGGCACUUUGCGACCUGUCCUUCUACCCCGACGACUACAAGUCGGCAAUCUCACUGAUCCGGAAGCUGUCGCCAAACUUUUCCAGCAACUACACACUCCUUGGCAUGCGCCUGAGCAAACGGCGGGAGCUUGGAGGCGACUGGUUCACUGUUGCGGACGUCGUGCGGCGCAACUUUUCUCUGGUGAUGCGCGCUGCACACUUUGUCAUGGGAACGAGGCACAAGUACUGCGCAGCAGCCGCCGAGUUGGUGCACUUCAACCCCGGACUGGUGGCAAAAGUGCAGGAACUCGCAUCUGUAGAUGAAAACGAGGCUGUGUCGCGGAUCAAGGCUAGCCUCAAGUCCUUUUCCGAGAUGGAUGACUUCAUGUGCCUGGCAGGGGUCGUCAAGUAUGGUGUGACUUGCCACAGGCGCGACGACGGUCAGAAGCAGUUGGUCGACCUUGGUCGAGAUUGCUGGUUGUGCAUACGGCAGUAUCUCAAGGUGGGCGACAUCCUGGAUGCACAGUAGUAUGGUUUUGUUUUUGUGCCAUAGCUAAGUGCAGUGUGUCCAGUGUUACACGCAUUCAAACUGUGCAAUUAGGAGAACAUGCCAGCACUGCACACAACUUUAUACUCUCACCUCCUUUUUGUGUAUGAACCACCUUAUGGUGACUGCUGCUGGAGCUGAUGCUUGGCAAGUUUUUUGCAUGUGUUGCCAAUUCAAACAUCAGUUCCUCUCUUUUGAGCUCUUAUUUGGACAGCGCAUCUUUUGAUGCUUUCAAAUGAGUUGCUGUUGUUAUGCUUCCAUUGUGUGAGUGAAUAGCAGUAACGUAAAUUAGCGACCCUUCAGGCGCUGUCCUUGGAUCAUUGAAGGCAGUUUUUUUUUCAUCACGGGGACAGUAGCCACAUUAGCUGUGUACUGCAGAACCUUGUGAAUCGGCUGUAGUCCUGCCAUGCAUGGCGAGACUGAUAAGUGCAGGCAGUGACACUUCGCUGGCCAUGCUUUAUGCCUCACAGUAGCUUGAUUGUGCGACUUCGUCGUUAUAUAAUUUUUUGGGUGUUUGCAGAACACCAUUUAAUUGGAAGUAUUUGUGUGCCAUUGUUAAGAACAAGGACACUUCCACCCACACGAAUUUCAGUUCUGGCAAACUCGUGCAUUGUCGUAGCUUUCUGCAGCAAUCAUAUCCAAUAGCUCUGUGUUGCUAUUUAUAGUUUCCUUUUUUUUAAGCGAAGCUUUCUUUGGCUUUUCACCAGACUUUGUGAGUGCUGGCAGCUGCUGCGUUGCACGAUACGUGUGGCACUAGAGUGCAGCACGAAAGCAUUAGUACGUUGGAGCGCAAAGUACGUUUGGUGGCAUGUAGGAGCAGGUCUUUAAAGGGCCCCUCACCAGGUCUGGCCAUGUUGAGCUGACAAGCACAGUGCAUACAAUGCAGGCUAACGAUAGUGUCUGCUAAGUAUUACAUCCCUGCCCGCCCGCGGAAAAAGCUUUAAUUUCAAAAUGAAUGGCCGUUUGCCCUUCUCCUUGUGGGCACCGUGCUCCCAGCCGGAGAGUCGACGGCAAACUCGCAAGUGCGCCUACGUACAUUACCUUGCUGUGACGUCACUCAUAGUGACACGCGACUUCGAGAAUUAUGCAAGGCAAUAUCAGUUAUUUGUCUAAUCUGUUGCUUCAAUAGACGAAUUGAAGCUUAGGGAAAUAACAACACAUAAAAACCGAAUGUCUGCGUGUUUCUUGUUUUGCUUCGUACCGUAGCAAGAGAGAUGUACUUCUGCUUCGUCUGCUUGUUCUCACCUCGUGCAGUCGUGCGUGCAGAGAACGAAACAGUGUCAUCUUCUGCUGUGUUCCAGUGCCGUGGUCCUGCUCUUUCAUCCUCUCGCACCUGCCUCAGUGCUCAUGUUUGUGGCACUGACUUAUACUGCUAAUCGGGUGCUCUCGUGCAGACCGCGCAAAAUCGUCCGCUGUGCGAAACAAGACAAACGCAACAGCUCGCACGCAAGACCAUCACCGGAAGUGUGCCACUGAACAGAGGGAGAGGGAAAAAAAAUAAGGAGGCGGGGCCCAUGACAUAUUUGUCAUGCGAUCCUCUGGCUCCAGUAAGGGAAAACGCGGGAAAGGAAUUUCGCUUGCGAAGGCUAGAUGGGGCAAGUGGAGAGAGCGUCUAUGUUGGCGGUGGCGCGUCCUGAAAUCAUGGGUUCGCAGCACUUCAAAUAUUUUGUCUAUGCUAUUAAUAAACUAAUUUGAAAAGUUAUUGCGGUAGAACACUCCUUAGAGGGCACAUAAUUUCCAGCGUAUAAAAAAAAUGUGACCUGUGGCCUGGUGAGGGGCGCUUUAAGAAAUACCGCGUUGCAUAGCAACCAGACGCAUUGUACACCGAACGCAGCAAAGAGCUGCAACACCAACAUAGUGGGGUUGAAGUGUGCUCUAAGUGCAGAGAAGGCAGAUGUUCAAAGCAAGCAUAGAGCAGAUCAGGAACAUCUUUGAUGAGCAGAAAAGCAUGGUUUAAGAUGUACCAUAAUAUACCACGGAAGUGCCCAUCCCACUUUCACUCAAGAUUGGGUUAAUCUAGACUUGGGCGCUUGUCUGGUCGAAGCAGUAAAUACCAAGAAUCCAAGAUGAUGGCCAACGAAAAACUUCGAGGUAUGGCUACGGUGGUUACGGAAUCGAAGGAAGUGUGUUUGUUUUUAAAUGGUAAAUGAUGGGGUGCACUAGCACCUAUUCAUCGCCACCGAAACCAGCGAACGACUCUUCCUAGUCAGUGCAAAAUUGGAGGUCAAUGCAUUCGUCGCCGACACUCGCGUGACUUGAACAGCGGCUAUGUGGGUAGCAGAAUGCACGAGAAGUGUGGAAACAGUGGCUGCAUGCACGCUUUAUCAAGAUGCGACUCACAAAAGCCGUGCGACCACUGGGUUUUUUUUCAAGGACUGUUCAUUGUCACUCUGCAUUAUCUUCACCCCGAUCGUUAUUUCCCUUUCCACGGCAAGGAAGCAAAUAUCUCCAUCGUCACCCCCAGCGUUCUCGUAGCGACUGCAGUGGGGUGAACAUUUCGGCUGAUGCUGGCAUUUUGGAGGAAACGGGCACUUCACAUAUAAUUUUCAGAAUUGUGAAGUUUCGGAAAUGUGAAUACUGGGCACUUGUGCGAAACUGGGCGCUUCCAUGGUAUUUUAUGGUAAGCAUAUGUUGGCUUAGAGAUGCAAAGCACAGCGGUAUCGGUAUCGAGUGGAGGCGAUAGUUAACGAUUAGCACGGUGAACAUUUCACUUAGAUAUGUGAAGCAGAGCAGCAUCGAUAUGCAGCUAAUGGCUUGGAACGCGAGUGCAUGCUUGGUUGUAAAUGGAAGGCCGGAUGGUGUCAACACACAGUAAAGACACAGCAGCAGAAUGGAACCAUGUCGUUUAUGGCUGCAAUCAAGUACGCUCGAACUACAUUGCACAGGAUGAGUUCGGUUCUGUGUGCAGAGUGUGCAAAAUUCCAGUUUCUGUCGGACGUGUAUGCAGUAUUGAAGUGCCACACAUAUUUCAAAGGGUAGCGCCUCGCCCAACGUAAAUGUGACCAACUUCGUCGUGCACUCUGUACGUGGGAAUGGCUGUUAAUAAAGAACAGCAUUCCUUGCAAAAUCCAAAGAAAGCUUCGCCUAAACCAAUUCUCACACUUUGUGGAAUCUGCACAAUUUUUUUUCUUUUUCGAGCUGUGCUUCAGCAUUUCUACACAGUUGUGAAUGGUGUUGAUGCCACUGGACCAGCCAAGACAGAUCGAGCGACCACAAACAUAUCCACUGCUGCUACUGUGAACAGCAGUUACAUGAGCUAAAGAAACGAAGGAAAAAGAAAAGAGCUGGCUGAUUGUUUUUCGUGUUUCAGUUAAUGCCUCGCACGUGGGGAAAAAAGAAAAAUCUCCAAGAAGUCGCGCUUGAACGUGCAGUUUUCAAGCCUUGUGUGCUGACUACUAAGGCAUGGCUGCUUUGCGUGAGUAAAUGGAAAGCAGAACCAUACUCCGUUCCAAACAUAGCAGUCGAUGCUGUGGAGGCUAGUGAGUCUUCUUGCAGUGGCUUUGUUCGUACUUGGAUAUAGCUGGAUGUUCUUUUACUGCAAUUGUGCACAACUGUUCCUUACAUAGGCUCAGUAUUGAACGAAGCAAGUUUUAAUCCUUAGAAACAAACACCCUGUGGUAUACAGUUGCUAAUGAAUUGUUUUAGGUCAUUUUUAUUCUCGUUCUUUUUGUGUGUUUUUUUUUACUUGCAACCCAGUGUGAGGAGCCUCACGUGCAUCCUCGCGCGAGCGAACACCCUUGGUGCGCAGCGAGGAAUAGACGGAAUGUGUGAAGUGAUCACUUCUCUUGACCAAACUUCUUGCAUAGCUUCCACAGUGUUGACUGCUAUCUAUGAAACGGUGUAUACAUUAGGAACAUACGAGCACUAACUUGUCGAACUCAUUUCAUGCAUUGUACCACAGGGUUGAUCGAGACGCAGUGCCUGCAGCGUUGGUUGCACAUGCGAUGCUGUUUGCUAGAUUUGCAAACUUGUGAUGAAAAAUCGCAGGGAAAGUAGCGCAAUGCCAGUACGUGUAUGCUGCUACGUUGAAGCUGUGAAUGUUUCUCACAGCUUGCUAGCCUGCUUCUCCUUUGACUGCUCGAUGCUCUACCUAUUAGGCCACAGAUGCAAGCAUGGCACAGGAAAGUAACAACCUCAGCACACUCCUUUUAACAUGCAAGCUUGCUUUUUGACGACUGCCACGUGCGUCGUGGUGCUUAGCAGCGAUUUACUUUCCUUGUGCGAGUGCAUCAGAUUUCCCCAUACUUUCCUCGCUACAGCUAGCUAAAUCUUUUUGAGACGCUAUGCGACAUUGCCUUACGUUUACAGAUCAGCCCAUCUCGUAAUGGAACAGGUUGUAACAUUUAAUUGCCGGAGUAAAUUGGUUGUUGCCAUGGUGUUUUGUUAGACGUAUGCAAGAGUUCUUUGGGUGUUUCUUGGGUACUCUUGGAGAUUAGCAGAAGUAAUAGGGCUGUUCUUCUAAAGAUACCAUGUGGAAGUCCCUAAAUGUGUCAAGGAGUCAAGCACUCGUUAACUGCUGUUCACAGAAAAAAUAUGGUUACUUUUCUAGAAUAUCAAGAUAGCCACUUUAGUAUAAGUGAAGGCUUGAUAUUAGCCAGAAAAAAACAAAAAACAAACAAAAAACGAAAGGCAGGUAGUGAUGCUACUUUGAAGUUCCAGCACCAGCCAGCCAUAAUGUCAUAUGAGUUUUAACAUCGUCUGCGCAGGAGUAGUUAACUUUUUAUUCGUAACGGUGGGAUACAUUGUAUUCUGAAGGAGCCAGACACUAAAUUUGGUAACUUGGUUUUUCUCAUUAGUGUCCCAUUAAGAGUGGACACCACUGUAUUUGUAACUACGGUAAGGAAGUGCUGCUAAACCAUAUGCUUAAAUAGCCUGCAGCCAGCCAACUUGUAAGCAUUGGCAAGUGGGGGUAUGUGAGCGUUCGGUAUUUCAAAUAAGAUUGAAAUAGAUUUUCUCUUUUGAGUUGUGUUUGGUUUUAGAAUUUCAUAUUCAAUGUUUGCGAAUAUUCAUCUGUGGCUAAAUAUUACAGAUAAGAAUGGUUGUUAGUGCCUGCUGUGUGAAAAGAUACACUGCAAGAUUGCCUCGAAUGUGUGUUGUUAGGACUGGCUGUUGGGCUAGUUUUGUUUCUGCAUUCUAACUGAGGCAUAUCAGCGCAACAUGCUGCAGCCGACGAACGUAAAACAGCAUUCGCCCUUCUCUAUUCCGUGGGUUCUGUCUGCUCCAGCAUUUCGUACUAAUAUGCUCUAGUUAGAAUCUGCGUUGUUGAACUGUCUCUGCUGCAAAUAUUCAGUCUGGCAUUAGUUUUCAACGUCAACUGAAAGCACUGUUGUUUUGUUUUACCAUGAUACCUUGCAGUUGCAGUUAUCAAAUCGAGUUUUCUUUUCAUAUUCUCCAUUUUAUGUCUAGCAGGCAAUGCUGUGAAGGCUACGCAAGUAGUGCAGUCAUAGAAAUAUCACUCCAUGCAUUACGCAGUGCAAUCAUUUUCCAUCUGCGAGAAUGUGGGAUAUUGCAACUAGAACUUGUGGAUAUUAAAGUUACAUCAAAUUGCAUAUUAUUUGUGCGCCUUUGUGCUUCGAGUGUGUGGCAUACUAUGUUUUGGCUGCUGGUUGCAGGAACAUGCCACGCUGGUUGUUCAAGACGAUGAGCAAAACGAGAACAAGGUAAAAGCGGGAGCCAAUGUUUCGACAAGUGCACUUGACUUUUUGCUCGUCGUCUUGAAUUUCCAUCUCCCGCUUUCGUGUUUUCUCUGCUGGUUCAGUUAUACAUGCGUUUCACAUCUGUGAUGCCUUCCAUGCAAUAAUUACAUUGCAUUUUGCUGCAUCGAAGUACGAGACUUAAUGUUACAUCAGAGCACAUGGUGUAUACCUAUGCCUUCCUUUCAUGUGUGAUGCACAGUUUUUCUGCUAACGCAUGCAAUCAGUGAGAGAAGCCUUUGUAGCGUUGCCUGGCACGUAUGGAACGGAAUAUAGGCUGCCUGCAGAUUUGUUUAUGCAUUCAAGUGAAAUAUUCUUUGUUCAUCUUUGUUUUAAUUGCACUGAGGUGAUUGUUCUUCUGGAGGAAAUGUUUCUUACUUGAGUGUUCAAAGCCAGAGUUUUCAGAAUAUUCAUCUUAGACUAGAAAAUUCCAUUCUAACGAACCCCUAUUGACAGGCUUUCUUUGGUAAAUGCCCGGCCUGGCUUGACUUGUAUAUUCCUGUUUCCGUAACUUCAGUAUUUGUAAAACAAAAUAUGAGCAAGAUGUAAACAACCACCACCCUCAAAUUGCAGUGUAGUACUGAGGUUCCUUAUCUUCAAUUUUUUUUUCACGGGCUAAGAAUGUGGCAGUAACCGUGAUAUUGUUUGAUGGGUUGAAUUUAAAACUUUAUUUUUUCAAGGACUUGUGGAUGCAGUGUCAUGUUUUUAACAACUCAUUAUGUCAGUGCUGGGAAAGUUUUGAAUUGUGUUGCAUCAUUUAAAAGGAGUACUGGCACAUAUUGUGUAGCUUGUAGAAAGUCUACUGCACGUUUCACGAACCACGCUAGACGACACUUGGCAAGUGCGAAGGCAUGAGCUUAGUAUUAAAGUAUGAGCUUACUUAGUAUAAACGUUGGGAAGUGCUUGCAACAUAUCUGAACUUGAUACUAGAACUUAUCUCUAAAUGCCACACCUGACAUCCUCAACCUUGCUGCGACAUCAUUGCACACAGCAAAAUUUGGUGUCGUCGUGUAGCGGUAAGGCUAGGUAUGAUGGUGUUGCUCAGAAAAAAAAAAGUAAAUGAGAGUGCUGCUCGGAUUUGUUCUCGUUGCACUUGCCCAUGGCAGUCGUGGCGUUUUCGGAAACGGAGUGAGCCGUCAUGUCAAGAUUCAUCCGCCUCUGGGUACCUUGAGUUUCCCCAACCUUCCCACCUGCCAAGUGUCAUCUGUGUGAGAAGCAUGUAGUGCAACUUCCGCAAGUUCAAAAAUAUAUGGCAGCACUUUUGUAGUGACAUUAGAUUUGGGAAUGUCAUAUUGUUUCUUUGAAUAUCACAUAAUGGCUUGUGACAACUGGGGCUGUGCAAAUGCAUGCAACUUCAAACAGGAAUCGAGCAGACUUCUGUUUUAAUAAGGUACUCGCAAAUUUGAAACAUUUAUAUCUUCUGUCUAUUUUUUUUUUUUUUAAUAAUGCGAAAGCGUCAAAUGGUCCACGAGCUAAAAAGCCGGCAUCUGUAGCAGCAAAACGGCAUCUAACUUCCCAUUGUCUGCGAAGCCACGUCAUGAGGGCGCCUGGACAGCCGUGCUCAGCCGUCUUGCUCCGUAUCCCUCUCUCUCACCCCCCCACUAGGCUUAGCUGCUGCACGCAACAGCUGGCCCUGGUGGCAGCUGCUCCUUUCUCCGUCUCUCGUCGCGCAGGAUGUCGGUGGCAUACGGGGUCCUCGAUUUCUCAACACUAUAAAAAGUAUUUCGGUCUACAGUCGCCAUGCUAAUGUAUAAACUGUGAAAAAAAAAAAUAACCCGCACCAAUUUAAUCGCAAAACUCGAUUAGUAUACCACGCAGCCGAAAACUCGGAAGGACCGCUCUGCGGCGUUCGGUGGGACAUUAAUGCUUUUGCAUUCACAACUCGUAAGAAGUGCUCAGGUGCCCUCAGUAAUUUUUGUUUUCUGUAUACUUGGUUAUGGACGAAUGUAUGGGGCUAUGCAAAGCAUGGGUUCCUGCUUCGUGUACCCACUAUGAGCAAGUGUUGCUGCUGUUUAGAACUGUAAAGUAAUUCACAAUGAACUUCCUUUUUUUUUCUUUGCAAUUGCCCCAGGAGGAUGGGUGUGUUUCGUGAACAUUGGAACUUUCGUUGCUGCCUGUUUUGUUUGUAGCAUUUGUGGUGUUUAGUGCACAAUUAUUGCGUCAGAGGAGUUAGUCAGCACUACCUGUGUACGCCGAAAUCUUUGUAAAGGAACACUACAGAGCAACACAGUCGAACCCCUACAUAGCAAGUUACAGGACAUAAUGCAGUAGAUAUAGAUUGUCUGUUGCCAAUGUGAACAUCUAAAAACGUAUACGUUUGUAAUGAAUGUAGGAUUUAACGAAGGUAAUUUUUCUGUCUAAUGCAUUUUCGUGGUAAUGAGAUCUGACCGUAUUAAAUUAUAUUGCAUUAGCAAUAAUAUACAAUCAUGUAUAUCAUUAUGCUACUGCAACAACAGGGGAGCCACAGUUACCGUGAAAGGAGGCUUGGUGACCCAUAAGAGACUCAAGAAAAAAAGAAACACUUUGCAGAUGCAUGUCAGUUUGAGCAACUCGUACAUCAAAGACAGCAAAGCUGCAUAAAAGAGUUCUCAUACCCUUUGGAAGGAGUCUGUUUUGCCACUGCCUAAAAUCAACUCAAGACUUUGCAAAUGCUUCACUAUAUCUUAUGACAUUCUUUCGUUACACCCGAGGCCUUUCCAUACCUGCCAACCUGGGAACCUCGAAAUUUGGGAGUGUUGCAGAGCUGGAAGUGGAGUGUGUGUGUGUGGGGGGGGGGGGCGAAGACGAUGACGACGAAAGAAAAAUAGCUCUUUUCUUUUGUCUGGGCCACAGCAAUGUCAAAAACAGCUCUGAAUGGCUGCCAGUAGAUUUAUAAGACAUCACGGCACUUGCAUGGAGACGGCACAUGCGUGCAUGUAUAAUUAAGCAACAUGUACUAUGUCCUGUGACACUGGCCCCUUUUCUACUCUUAAUCUGCUUCUCUGGAUAAAAUGGCUAUAUUGCGGUGAAGCUGACUUAAGAAUGCCAGUCAUUAUGCUCUGCACUACCAGCACUACCUCCACACAGGCGGCUUGGAUUUAAAACCGACUUUGGCUAGCUACCUAGCAUAAUGGCAAUUACGAUGUGGUUUUUCUUGCGUUUUUUUUUGCAGUGGGGCUUGAGCAGUUUUUCGGGAGAUUUAUGGCUGUUCACGUUCAAUCUGGAGGAUUGGUCAGAAUUCGGGAGUCUCCCGUGCAUAUCGGGAAAGUUGGCAGGUAUGCUUAUGAUAUACAUCGCCUAUCCCAAGCUUUGCACGAAGGCUUGCAUUUUUCCUUUAAAAUUAUUUUGCGAAAGGACAACGGCAUGAAUGUACCCAGAAGAUACUAAAAUUGACCUUAGCCAAGAAAGCCCAGACACGAUACCCGUAACAUGCUUACCCGUAACAUGUUUGCCAAUUUGGGUGCCUCCUGGUCGACCUCCAACAUGUAGCUGGUGAAACGGGGCAUGACAAAUACUACUGAUUUCUGGUUGAAGUAAACUGCGCAAAAAAGUUGUCCAUUAGGGUGAGGUAUAUGCAAAGUUUAUUGUAUAAGCCUUCAUAAUUGCAUUUCGGAGCACAUUCUGGGCUCCGAUACAGGUUGCACUGCUGGCCAUCCUUUGAUUGACAUUUGGUGCCAACCAUGCUGGCCUUCGCCGACGUCGGCAUUCACGGUUGCUGCACGAAAACCGUUGCAGAACUCCUCUUAACAUCAUGAAACUGCAUCGCACACAACAAACGACACACAAAGCAAAGGUAACACACAAACGCUGUUUGUCUGGUUUGUUGUGCGCACUGCAGUCUCAUAAUGAACAGCUACAAACUUGUCCAACUUUCAGUACUUUACAAUCCCCUUAACAGCUUUGCUGUAAAACGAACAGCUAACAAGGAUGACGGCGCUGUCCAUGAAGCUCUCACGCUAACUCGCAGCGACAUCACGGGUUUCGACAGCAUCUGCUCUUGUCUAGUUAACGGUUUGCUAGCAAAAGGAUGCAUUGCAUUCUACAGGACCCUGAGAUGCAACACAGCUAGUUUUACUAACUUUCACCACGGCAAGAAACGGUCACAUGUGAUGUUUGAAUUCGAGAUUCAAGGAAGAAGUAUGGCCUCUUUUUUUUUUUCCAAUGGCAACCAAGAUUUUGCUGCCACAUGAAUGAAUAUGGAGUUUUCAAACGAUAGUUUGGUGUUUCUCUAUAGUGUUCCUUUAAAUAUGGCUAAUAAUUCACCUGGGACUGCAGUGACCAUUUACAUGUUCCUUUGGACAGUGUUCCAAAGAGCAUUGAAUGUGUAUUGAAGACAAUAAAUCUUUUUUGGCCUCGUU